GAUUCGUAUUGGUUCUGCUCCUUUCUAUUCCCGCCGAUUAGGGUUCUUUCUUUCUUUUUUCUGCGUCCCCGGCUUGGUCUGGUCGGAACAAAUUUCCCGGGAAAUCGGAGCGCCGAUCCGUUUUCCCUGCCGGAAAUCGUAUUCGCCUCCUUUACCUGCCGUUUUCCGACCCCCGAAAAAAAAGAAAUUCAAUCCCCAGUCAGUAUCCUCUCCGCCGUCUUGUCUAGUCCUUUCCCUCCUCCGACUUUGAAUUCGAACCUUCACGCUUUUCGAGGCGGAUGCUCCUCCCAAUUUGUCCGUCGAUGAUCGACCUGCUUUUCUUCGAUUUCCUAUUUAUCGAAGUUUCAUUCUUCAUCCUAAUUUAGUUUGGGAAGCUCCAGUUCAUAGAUACUCUCCUCCAGGAGAAGUCAACUGUUCUGGUUUUAAGGGCGGGGAGAAAUGGCCAGUCAGGGUGGUUCAUCGAGGAGGAGUAUGUCGCUGUCGAACGUGUCAGCGCAGGCAAAGAAGAAAGCAUUUGAAAAUGGAGGAGGAUUAGGGUCGGACCCCUCACGCAAAUCUCUUUCCUCGUCUCGUUCCAUGGGAUUAACCGGAGAGCGUACUGUCAAGAGAUUGCGCCUAUCAAAGGCCCUCACAGUCCCCGAAAGUACAACUGUUUACGAGGCUUGCCGCCGAAUGGCUGCUCGUAGAGUUGAUGCUCUACUGCUAACUGAUUCUAACGGGCUGCUCUGUGGUAUCCUUACAGAUAAGGAUAUAACAACAAGAGUUGUAGCUCAGGAUCUGAAUCUCGAAGAAACACCCGUUUCUAAAGUCAUGACACGGAACCCUCUAUUCGUUCUUUCAGAUACUCUUGCCGUGGAGGCCCUCCAAAAGAUGGUUCAAGGAAAGUUUAGACAUUUGCCUGUUGUGGAGAAUGGGGAGGUCAUUGCUUUACUCGACAUAGCCAAAUGUUUAUAUGAUGCUAUUGCACGCAUGGAGAGGGCAGCUGAAAAGGGAAAAGCUAUUGCUGCAGCAGUUGAAGGCGUUGAGAAAAAUUGGGGCACGUCGACAACCGGCCCCAAUACAUUUAUAGAGACUCUGCGAGAACAGAUGUUUAAGCCCUCUCUAUCAACGAUCAUUUCUGAGAAUUCAAAGAUUGUAACAGUUGCACCAACAGAUACAGUCUCAACUGCUGCAAAGAAGAUGCUCGAAUCUCGAUCCAGCUCAGCAAUCGUGACAGUUGAAAGUAAACCACGGGGGAUUCUAACCUCAAAGGAUAUUCUGAUGCGAGUUAUAGCACAAAAUCAUUCCUCAGAUUCUACUCCUGUGGAGAAGGUCAUGACUCCUAAUCCGGAAUGUGCAACGGUUGAUACCCCCAUUGUGGAUGCUUUGCACACCAUGCAUGACGGGAAGUUCUUGCACCUCCCAGUGGUUGACAGGGAUGGAAGCGUAGUUGCUGUUGUUGAUGUAAUCCACAUCACUCAUGCUGCUGUUGCCACUGUUGGCAGUACUGCUGGAAUUACUAAUGAGGCUGCAACUUCUAUGAUGCAAAAGUUCUGGGAUUCAGCUCUGGCUUCCAGUGCUGUGGAUGAUGACGAAGAGACUAGGAGUGAAGGUUCCCUGAAAUUUGCUUCUGAAGGAGGAGAGACUGGGAGAUUACACCCUUACAAUUCAUCAGCCUCACCUAACAUAUUUGCCUUUAAGAUUGAGGACAGGAAAGGUCGAAUGCAUAGGUUUACAUGCGAUACUAGAAACAUUACAGACCUCAUUACUUCUAUCAUCCAGAGAGUGGGUGAUGACAUUGACAGGAACAAUUUGCCUCAAGUUUUGUAUGAAGAUGAAGACCACGACAAAGUCGUGUUAGCAUCAGAUAGUGAUCUUGCAGCGGCUGUUGACCAUGCAAGGUCAGCUGGUUGGAAGGGGCUGAGGUUGCAUCUAGAUUAUUCAGGGAAGGGUGGACGGAGGAAAGGUUCCAAAGGUGGAGACAUGGAUUACGCUCAUCAUGCGGAUGCAUGGGCUGCAGCUUAUAGGGGUGUUGCAGCGGGAGCUGCCCUGGUUGCUGGCUUAGGGGUAUUGGCCUACCUGAAAAGAGCCGGUACUUGAUCUGAUCUUAGUGAUAGAAAUGCCAGGUUGAAGGAGAAAGAAUUUCGCAACGAAGCGGCACACAAAUAAAGUUCUCUGAAAUUGAGAAUUACAACCUCGGUUUAUAUUGACCGUGACCGUGAGUGGUCUGACACUUGAUGCUUGUCUGUUUGUCUUUUGGGGGCGCUUUGCUGUUAAUGUAAGUGGUUGGGGUAUAGAAAGUGUAUUUCCUGUCACCAAAGCCUUUUUUUUUUUUUUUUUCUUUUGCAAUUCUCGAACUGAGAGGCGUUAGCGGGUGAUUGAGAGAGGGAAGGCCACAAAGGGAAUUUGCUUUGAAAUUCUUAAAAAGCAAUGUCCUCACUCAUCUCAUUUGGUGUUUGGCUUUUGAGCAGUUAUUAUAUCAAAGUCAUGUGUACAGAAGGAAUAAUGUUCAUUCAUAUGAACAAGUCUAAAAAUUCCUUGCGGCGUUUGAGGCAAAAAUCAAAAUGGUGUGAAUUCGUAUGUUCGUGUGGGAGAUUUGCUUGAUAAUAGAUUGUUUAUUAAACUCU